UACCUUCUCCUUUUCCCACUUCAAAUCCAACUUCAUCAAUUCUUCUACUACUACUUUGCUCAGUCUCACACACACACAAAAAAAAAAAAAAACUUUCAUCUUGAUUUGAAAGAAUUAAAUUGGCAAUAGAAAUGAAGAUGAACAAUGUUGGUGGUUCAACUCAUGAUGAGAACUCAAAGAAGAAAAUGUCAAGUAGAAGACUUGGAAAAUUUCUUAAGGAGCAAAGAGGGAGGCUUUACAUAAUGAGAAGAUGUGUAGUCAUGCUUCUUUGUUGGCAUGAUUGAUCAUCCCAAGUGUAAGUUAUUGAGCCACAAUGAUGAAAAAUCUAGCAAAAGGCCCAGGCCCAGACUCCAAUUCAAUCCAAUAUUAAACAGAAUGACAAAGAGUUCCAACAACAACUCGUGGCGUCUGGGAGGGUAGAAGGUAUGCAAAACUCACCACUACUCUCUCGAGAAGAUAGAGAAGAUGUUUCCUAAAUACCCUUGGCUCAAGUGCAAUAAAUCCAAGUACGAGACAAUGAAGAAAAUAUAACAGAUAACAAGGAAACAUUGUGAGGUCUAUCGGAAGCAAGACAAAGAGUUCUAUCGAUUCCAAAUUCUAUAGACCUUCAAGGCUGUUUAAACUUUAUUUUUCCCAAUUGUAAAUAGAAAAGAGAAAUAUUUAAUUACCUUAAAUGUUAUAAUUAGUUCCAAUAUUUUCAUAUGGAGUUAAUCAUCUACGUACUACAAUCGUUUUUCUUUGAA